UCUUAUGGGAAACCCUAUGAAGCUUUACACGUUGCUGAACUUGGACGGGCCAAAGCUCUUGCAGAACUAAUGUCAAACCGUUACUCUAUUGAAAAAGAAAUAUCCAUCAACACACAAUCGCUUGUUGGCAUUGAGGAAGUAAUGACGAAAAAUGGCAACAGCACUUGCCUAUACAUUUCCUACUACUCUGACAACAUAUUUUUGUGGGUUUUAAAACAAAGCAAACUGGUGGCUUGGCGAAGAACGAAACUUUGUGAAAGCUACGUCAGCAAGGACGGCGAAAUCUCCGUGGAUGACCUUUUUGGAAACGAAAGCUUAUUGAGAAAUUUUCACGUUUUACCUCAAGAGCAAUGCGAAGACCGAUCACUCUUCUCUUCUUACACCAACCAACUUACAAACGAAUCAAAUCUGGAAGAUAGUUUCUCAUCCUUGCGUCUUUCUUUAGAUGAGGACAAAGUAAACACAGACCCUGAACCGCCAACACUUCUUCAGAUUUACAACAUGUUGAUUGAUCCCGUAAGAGACGUACUAGAAGGAUCUGAGAUUAUUGUUGUUCCUGAUCGCUGCUUCUUCAAAGUUCCGUUUGCAGCAUUACAUGAUGAAAGUAACCACUUUUUAUCAGAUUCAUUCAGGAUACGCAUUGUUCCUUCUUUGACGACUCUCAAGCUCAUUCUGGACAGUCCAGCGGACUUUCACGGCGAAACUGGUGCAUUGAUUGUGGGUGAGCCAAGAGUGACGGAUGUGUAUUUCAAGGGAAAGUUAAGGUAUCUCUGUCCAUUGCCUGGCGCGAAAGCGGAAGCAGAGAUGAUUGCAAGACUACUACCUGGAUCUCACCUUUUAAUAGGAGAGCAAGCAACAAGGCAAGCAGUUCUUCAGAGAAUACCCUCAGUGAGUCUCAUACAUUUCGCUGCUCAUGGUGAUGCCGAAAGAGGAGAAAUUGCUCUUACCCCCCCUGACUCUGCAAUGCGUCCUCCACAUGAAGCAGACUACUUACUGACAAUGACCGACAUUUCACAAGUUAAACUGUCAGCCAAACUGGUGGUCCUUAGCUGUUGUCAUACCGCAUGUGGACAGAUCAAAACAGAAGGCGUUGUUGGAAUCGCUCGAGCAUUCUUAGGAUCGGGUGCACGCUCAGUGUUGGUGGCAUUGUGGGACUUACAAGACGAUGCAACAGAACAGUUUAUGAGAAGAUUCUACGAAAAUUUUGUCCAAGGAGAAAGUGCAAGUGAAUGUCUUCACCGGGCCAUGAAGUGGAUGCGAAAUAACGGUUUCUCUGAAGUGAGGCAAUGGGCACCUUUCAUGCUGAUUGGGGAUGACGUGUCAUUUCACUUUGGUGAAGAAAAGUGA